AUGGUGCCCCUCGGCAAGGAGCGCGCUCCGGCGCCGUCCACGACGUCGUCCGCGCAGCACUCGCGUAGGCGCGCCGGCGUCAUCCGGCAGGCGCAGCCGGAGGCGCCUGGGCAUCAGCUCGCCGCCUCGCACGCUGCUUCAGAGAAGCGCAAGGCCAACAAGAUGACGCCGAUGGAGCGCAGGGCGAAGCGCGCGGCCGACGAAAAGCGGCGCUGGCACGAGAAGCGCAAGGCGACGCGCGAGUCCGCCGCCAAGUUCAGCAUGGCGAGCGAGGACCCCGAGAAGGUGAUUGCAUCGCUGCUCGAUGAGCUCGUGGCCGAGGUGGCGGAAGUUCGCGACGAGGUGGACGAGGGUGAGCUUCAGGAGGAACUGGAGAAGCUG